ACUUCACAGUUAUAAAGCUCGGAUUUACCAAUUUUCAAACAACGUGAACCUGCAGAGGGAAGAGAAAAUGGAGGGAAAGCGUUCAAACACUCAGCCACUAACACUCAUAAGGAAAAUCAAAGGAUUUACUCGUUCCGUUGUUGAGGAUCUCGCUCGAGGUAGGGCACCGUUGAUCUACAUCGAUCGGUUCAGAAAUUACUGUACUGACACUUCUGGAAAUUGCUCUUGCAGCUCUGGUUUGUCGACUGGCAAGGAAGCUAUAUCCCUGAAGAGGGAAUGCCAUGCACGUAGGCUUGAUGUUUUGUUGAGAGUUCUUGUGAUAGUUCAACAACUUCUGCAAGAAAACAGGCAUGGAUCAAAAAGAGACAUAUAUUACAUGCAUCCUACUGUUUUUAAAGAACAAUCUGUUGUUGAUCGGGCAAUUAAUGACAUCUGCAUCCUCUUGCAAUGCAGUCGGCAUAACCUUAAUGUGGUGUCUGUUGGAAAUGGAUUGGUGAUGGGGUGGCUGCGGUAUGUGGAAUCUGGGAGGAAAAUUAACUGCAUUGGCAAUCCUCACACUGCAUACCCGAUUCCGGUCCUUGUUGAAGAGGUUGAUGAUAUUAUUAGUGUUGCUCAAUAUGUUUUAGUUGUGGAAAAGGAAUCAGUUUUCCAGCGACUAGCAAAUGAUCAGUUUUGCAAGAGGAACCGUUGCAUUGUGAUAACAGGAAGGGGUUAUCCUGAUGUUCCCACAAGGAGGUUUCUGCGUCUCCUCAUUGACAAGCUGCAUUUGCCUGUGUACUGCCUGGUAGAUUGUGAUCCAUAUGGCUUUGACAUCUUAACUACAUACAAAUUCGGUUCUUUGCAAAUGGCUUAUGACGCAACCUUUCUACGAGUCUCUGAGAUACAAUGGCUUGGAGUAUUUGUCCAGGAUUGUGACAAUUAUAGCAUUCCACAGCAAUGUCUCCUGCCUUUAACUACUGAAGAUAAGAGGAAAGUCGAAGCAAUGUUACCGAGAUGUUAUUUGCAAAGAGAAGUACCACAAUGGAGGUUUGAACUGGAGCUGCUGUUGCACAAAGGAGUUAAGUUUGAGAUUGAAGCAUUGUCUGUCCAUUCACUCACUUUCUUGUCCCAUGAGUAUCUACCAUCAAAGAUCCACAAUGGAGGGGCUGUAUUUUGAAAGUGGACGUUCAUUGUGAUGCAUGCAAGAUGAAGAUGGUGGACGUUUUGAGUUCUAUAUGCGGUGUUUAUUCUGUAACAAUAGACUCUGAAGAUGGGACGGCCAAGAUUUCUGGUGAAGUUGAUCCGAACCUCCUCUUGAGGGCGUUGUCAAGAUCAGGCCUUGGCAACCAUGCAGAGGUGAAAUGGGUGAGACUUAAGCACCCAAUGUUGAGUAAUAGUCAUAUGACUGAUGGAUAUGGUUCCUAUAAUCAUGGAUAUGGCUCUUAUAAUCAUGGAUAUGGCUCUCAUAAUCAUGGAUAUGGUUAUAACAGUCAUGGCCACGGUCAUGGCCAUGGCCAUGGCUAUAGUUCUAUUGGUGGUCCUUUUAUGCAAAGAAGGUCGUUGCCCGAAUAUAACUAUGGCUAUGAGGGACACCACAAUUACCAAUAUCCUUUUAGGGGGACUGCACAAGACUCCUAUGCCACCAACUAUUACUCCGGUGCUCUGCCAUCACCUAGGCCGUACAACAGCUAUUAUAUGUAGAGAACCGGAGAGAUUUUAAUGGCUCGUUGGCUUUCACCGUGACAAUAAGAAGUUGUUUGCGUGAAUUUUUCUUCUUAAUUUUGUUUACAAAACGAACAUUAUAUAUUUAUAGGGUAGUUAUUAUUGAAUAUGUUUUCUUUUUGUUCAAAGUUAAACAGCUUUCAUCUGCACUCAAGUAAAUAUACUUGUUGGAUUUUCAUCAAG